AAAGGUUAUCAACAUGUUAUGUUCCAUUACUUUAUAUAAAUUCCACUCGUAUUUUAAUUUACUUUCAAGUUAGUGGUUAAAGCAGGGCGAGAACGAGAGUAGUUAAUUAUUAUCAGUAUUUUGUAUAUUACGGCACUGAUUAGUCGCUCUAGAAAACCUUUUUAAGAGUCAUAGAAUAUCAUUGGGUCAAAUUGCCAAAAUGAGUACCAAGUAUUUACAUGAACCUGUCUGGGACAAUGAUCCGGAACUGUUUGAAAUUAUGAAAAGGGAGAAACAGAGGCAAGUGAAAGGUCUGGAAAUGAUUGCUUCAGAAAAUUUUACCUCUUUAGCUGUAUUGAACUGUUUGGGUUCAUGUUUGACUAACAAGUAUUCUGAAGGAUAUCCUGGCCAUAGGUAUUAUGGUGGCACUCAGUUUAUUGACCAGGUAGAAAACUUGUGCAUAGAAAGAGCCUUAAAGGCAUUUAAUUUAUGUGCAGAUGAGUGGGGUGUAAAUGUGCAACCAUUAUCAGGCUCCCCAGCAAAUUUUGCUGUAUACACUGCUCUUGUUGAGCCCCAUGGAAGAAUUAUGGGUCUAGACCUUCCUGAUGGUGGCCACUUAACCCAUGGCUUUUUUACUGCCACCAAGAAAAUUUCUGCUACAUCUAUCUUCUUUGAAUCUAUGCCUUAUAAGUCAAAUCAAGAAACUGGUUUCUUGGACUAUGAUGCACUCUGGAAGUCAGCCAAACUGUUCAAGCCCAAGUUGAUUAUUGCUGGUGUGAGUUGCUACUCAAGGGCAUUGGACUACAAGAAGUUUAGAGAGAUCUGUGACGAUGUCGGUGCUAUUUUAAUGGCCGACAUGGCACAUAUAUCUGGCCUUGUUGCAGCAGGUGUAACUCCAAGUCCCUUUGAAUAUUCUGACAUAGUAACAACUACAACACAUAAAAGUCUCAGGGGCCCAAGAGCGGGUGUUAUUUUCUUUAGAAAGGGCUUUAAAACGAACGCCAAAGGCGAGAAAAUCCCUUAUGAUUAUGAAAGUAAGAUAAACCAAGCAGUAUUUCCAGGACUUCAAGGUGGACCUCAUGAAAAUGCGAUUGCCGGCGUAGCCACUUGUUUGCGUCAAGUAAUGACGCCCGAGUUCAAAGAAUAUGCGCAGCAAAUCGUUCGAAAUGCCCAAAUUCUUAGUGAUGGUUUACAAGCAAGGGGUUACAAAGUAGUCACGGGAGGCACUGAAGUGCAUAUGUUGCUAGUGGAUUGUAGGUCAGUAGGACUGACAGGAGCGAAGGCCGAAUAUAUUUUGGAAGAAAUCUCCAUUACUUGCAAUAAAAAUACUGUUCCUGGCGAUAAAAGUGCGCUGAAUCCGUCCGGUAUUAGGUUAGGAACACCCGCUCUUACUACGAGGGGUUUAAAAGAAGAGGACAUCUGCCAGGUGGUCGAUUUUAUGGAUAAAGGCAUGAAAUUGGGAAAAACUAUAAGUGAAAAAUCCGGUCCGAAAUUGGUUGAUUUCAAAAAAGCUUGCCAAGAGGGGGCGUUUAAAGAGGAGCUGGACUGUCUCAGGCAAGAAGUGCAUAAGUUCAGUGAAAAAUUCCCGAUGCCUGGAUUCGAGUGUUAUUAAAAAAUGUUUGAGUGCAUGUUAGUUUUAUGUCCGCGUAUUAACUUGAAAAAUGGUAGUGUUUUAUGCCGUUUCUUUUCGAAUCUCUAUGAGAGGUCUAUUUAUCCUUUUUAUACCAAUCCUUUACAAAUAAUGCAUUUUUUUGUUUAUAUUUUUUUGGAUGUAAUAUUGUUUUGUUGAAAGUAGCAGUGUGCAACAUUUUUUGUAUUAAUGCAAUAUACAAAAUCAAUAGUUAA